CGAACGAUUGGUUCUUCUCACAAGAAAUGCCGGGUCGCCUGGGAUCCAAAAUAUUCUAAAAUUUGAGAAUCCGUCUUAGAAUUACAAUACAGUUAUCAGUUUAUUAGUGAUAUUACAUGCGGUUGCGUCGAGUUUAACCUCAAAUUGAAGAGCUGUGUCUGCUGAAGAUACAGAGGUAAAAUUCGUAAAGAAACGACUUGAAUUUUAUAAAUCUCAGUCGGGAAGAAAUGAAGAGUGCAAUGACAGUAUUCAGAAGGAUGCGGACCAACGAGUUCGCAGUGGCGUUUCGCACAUGCUAUAGGAAAUAUUAUACCACAGAGAAUGAUACGACGACGACGACGACGAUACAGAAGGUGAUCCAUCCGUAUAACCGAAUUCAUCCGUGGAAAUCGGAGAUUGAAUUUGCGAAGGAUUUGCUGAAGAACGUUAUUUACAAUUCAGAUGGAAUAAUUGCAAUAAACAAACCAUAUGGCAUAUCCUUAUAUCCAAAGUCAAAUGCAAACACACAUCUACAUUUAUAUCAUAAGAUUGUAGGAAUAGCAGAUUAUUCUUUACAAGAUGUUUUGCCAUAUCUUGCAAAGGAGUUAAAUGUACCAAUAUUAAUACCAUCUUUUGGAGCAGAGAAAUAUGUGAGCGGCGUAUAUAUUUUUGGAAUUAACGAAAAAGUGUGCCAACAAUUAGAACUAUCAAGAAGACGAAUUCAAAAUAGAUACAGGAAAUAUUGGGUAAUCACAACUAGAGUUCCAAACGAGAUCAAAGGAAAACAUCGUUUAGCAAUGUUUUUAAAAACGUCUGCAUCAGGAAAUAAAAAGCCUAUUAUCUUGACUCAGUGGAGUAACAACGCGGUAAAGAGAAAUGAAACCAAAAUAAUAAAUAUAGAUUAUAAAGUCGUAAGCAAUUCGAUGCAUAAUUUAAGUUCGCUAAUAGAAAUUGUGGCGUCCUCAAGAAAAUGGCAUAAUAUCAGAUUAUUUGCUUCCACUAUGCUAUACAGUCCGAUUCUUGGAGAUAAUAUUCAUGGAUCACGAAUCCAAGAAAUCAUGGGUACAUGGUUAAAAAUCGAUCCAUUUGCUGAUUCCAGUUGGGAUUUACCAAAAAUAAAUCGACAACUACUAGAGCUAUUAAAUAUAAAACCAAGUCAACAAGAAAUUAUUCCAGUACACAUACAUUUGAAAAGUGUACACUUAAUUGUAGGCAAAGAAAAAAAAGAUCUAGUAAUAGAAGCCCCUUUGAUGGAUCCGUUCGAUUGGACUUGCAAGCAGCUUAAGUUUAAAAUACCUGAUGAAAUCAGGAAUUCCAGCAAUGAAGCUAAUGAAGAAGAGUUAGUUUACAUGAAUGCACAUGAUGGUAAUUAACUCACAUAGUACCUCUCGCUAAGUAUUUUAUUUGUAAUAAAAAAGAUUUUAAUUAAA